AUCGAGCCUUUUCUACCUUUUCGGCACGAGCGAAACGACAGCAAGCGGAGAGGGGAGCGAGCGAGCGAGGGAAAUCCCUUUAAAACCCCACCCCAUCCGCCGCCGUUUUCCGCACAGCACGCAGCCGAGGGGCGACAGAGCAGGCGAGACGCGGGGAGCAGUUUGCGAGCGAUCCUCGCCAGCGCCUCUCCAUCUCCGUGGUUCAGUGCAAGAGCAAAAAUGAACGGGCACUUAAACUUUGAGGAUGGCUGGAGGGUCCUGGAACAGGGAAUUGUGAAAUGCUCAAAGAUUUUGGAGGGUUUCACGAGCACAAGGCCAACUGUGGAUGAGUACAUGAAUUGCUAUGAUUGUGUUUAUAGGAUGGCUGUGCAGAAAAACCAGUACUGUCAAGAGAUGUACAAUGGUUACAAGAUGACGCUUGAAAAAUGUGUCCGUGCAAUGGUUUUGCCCCAUCUAAUGCAUAAGCGAGAUGACUACCUGUUUAGAGAGCUUGUGAACAUAUGGUCAAACUAUUGCAUCAUGGUUAGUUGUGUAAGUGGCUUCUUCAGCUAUUUGGACCGCUGCUUUCUGGCGCAUAGCAAACUACCUUCGCUCAGUGAUGCUGCUGCUACUUCUUUUUUCAGUCCAGUCUUUUCCUUCAAGGAUGAAGUAACAGAUGCUCUACUUACUCUGAUUCGCCGGGAGCGUGAUGGAAGUAAGGUCGAUAUGGGCCUUUUGAUGAAUGUUAUGCGUGGCAUAUGUCGUUCUGAAGUCCACACCUUCAUGAAAAAUGCUGUGCUUCAAGAUACAUAUGCUUACUACUCUGAGAAAAGUUCCGAAUGGAUUAUGCACUAUGCUCUGCCAGAUUACCUUGCCAAGGUUCAGGAAAGUAUGGAGAAGGAAACCAUGAGACUGACACAACUGUGUAUUACAGAGGGAGAUAUCUCAGAGCUCUGUUUGCAGGUUGUUAGUGCUCCAUUGAUGCGAACUUAUGACAGAUAUGCGAGAGAGAAACAUAUUGGUGGUCAGCUUUUGCUUCAAACAUACAAGACUGUAGAGGAGGAACUCCUGGCCAGAUGCAGUAGCUUGACAAUUGACGGCUGCUCAGCUAACAGCUCUUUCAGUUGAAUGGAGUCGAAAGGCAACUUUAGCUAACAUCCAUCUAUAAGACUAUAACCCAGCUUACAUACAGGAGUGCUUUAGAACAUGGCCUAUAUGAAGUGGAAGUUUUUGUGCAGCUCGUUUUCGCUACAGCUCAAAGCUGCCUGGUUCCGGUUAUCUCUAGCAGAUUUAGCAGCUGAUCUGAAUGGUGAGAUCCAGUUGAGAUUUAUAUGCAUGCUAUUUGUGGUUACCAGGAUCUAGGGCUGUGAGCUCAACCGAGGGUUGCGGCUCUUUUACCUUAUCGUGCAUGUUAUUUUGCAGAAUCAACACCAUUGGAAAUGACAUGAUGGUAGAAUCUUGUGGCAAAACAUGUUCUUUUUCUGUCUGUCAUCUAGCAGAUGCCUGCACAUAACGUGUUUGAGAUGUCAGCACCAUGAAUGGCGUGUGCUUUUUCGUGCUUCUUAUCAUAUGAUGGCUGUGGUUGACAAAGCUUAUCUAGCUUGCCUUCACUGUGACUUGAGUUGAUGCUGCUCUAUUAUUGCCUUUGAUUGUUGUGA